GUUAAAUUUAUCGCCGCCGCUGAGACCGCCGCUUAAGGCCCGUCUCCUCCGCAAUCUCCAUAACCAAAACCACCCUCAUCGCCUGAUGGGGAGAACUAAGGAGCAGGCAUCGUUCACUCGGUUUCCACCCUGUCCUAGGAAUCCUGAUAAACUCAAAGAUAUAAACAAAGCACUCCAGGAAAAGGGAUAUGGUAAGGCUCUGAAAAGAAAACCUUGGAAGGGUGUGACUUGCCCUGUCUGUCUUGAGGUUCCUCACAACUCGGUCGUCCUCCUUUGCUCAUCUUACCACAAAGGAUGCCGUCCUUACAUGUGUGCCACGGGAAACCGUUUCUCAAAUUGUCUAGAGCAGUACAAAAAGGCCUAUGCAAAGGAUGAGAAAAGUGACAAACCGCCAGAGCUAUUGUGCCCGCUUUGUAGGGGUCAGGUGAAAGGUUGGACUGUUGUGGAAAAGGAACGGAAGUAUCUGAAUUCUAAGAAAAGGUCAUGCAUGAAAGAUAAGUGUUUGUUUUAUGGAAGCUAUAGACAGCUCAAGAAGCAUGUUAAGGAGGUUCAUCCGAGAGCCAAACCAAGAGCCAUAGACCCUGUGCUGGAGGCGAAAUGGAAGAAGCUCGAGGUUGAGAGGGAGAGGAGUGAUGUAAUCAGCACAGUCAUGGCGUCAACACCUGGGGCUAUGGUAUUUGGAGACUAUGUGAUUGAGCCAUACAAUAAUGCUUAUGGUCAUCAUGAUGACAGUUAUGAAGAUGACAGUGAGUCGGAUGAUGAAAUGGAAGGUGGGUUAUUCGAGCUUGGAUCAUUCGACAUUGGCCGUCUUCAACCGCGUACGGCUGCCGUCUCAAGCCGGGGAAUUCGCAGUAUGAUCAUAAGGAACCGGUGGGUUCGAAGCAGAGGUGUGAGCAGAAGGCGGCAAACACAAGAUUGAUGAUUGAUGAUUGAUGAUUGAUGAUUGGAAGCUUGGAAAGCGGAUGAUUCUUCACCGUCUGACCAAGUUAACCUCCGAGCUCUAUAUAGCGGCGGAGGGGAAGGCGAGUGGGAACAAAACAAAGGAUUGUUGAUUAAAGUUUUUAGUUAGCG